AUGACCUGGGCCCCUUUUCUCUCCUCUGCUUCAUUCUCCUUCCCCGGCAUGCGCCCCUGGCCGGCCUCGGGCCCAGGGCCUGACAGCCGCCUGCAGGUCACCUUGCUGCCGCCCUUCCUCAGCGACCAGGCCCAGCACGUGCAUGCCCUGGGAACCUUCCAUCUCUUCUGCCAGGCCACAGGUCCUGCAGACGUUCACUUCCUCUGGGAGAAGAACGGGCGCGAGCUGGAGGUGUGUGUGCCCACGCAGACCCAUGCACUGCCCGACGGCAGGGCCCUCGUGCUCAGCUGGCUGCGAGACGCCCUCCGGGAGAGCGCCGAGUACCGCUGCUCUGCACUAUCCUGGGCCGGGAACAAGACCUCCAGGGCGCGGGUCACCGUGACCAGGCUCGAGGCGACCCAGCAGGAGAGGUGGACCAGAGAGCUCGCCAGCUGGAGAGCCGUGGUUGGGGAGCACGACCGCAUGAUGCAGAACUGGAGGAAGGCGUGGGAAAGCUGUAACCAGGACGUGUUCUAG